UCCAGAUUCCAGAAAGUGUAUCCAGAAAGACUGCAGCAAUUAUCAAAUGAAUUAAGGCGUUCUUUUGACCACGUCAUUAACAUGAUAACGAAUUGUCUGGGUAAAGGACAUCCCCAGACACAAUGACCAGCUGCAGGCUUGUGGCAUCUUCUAUUCUGUCUACCAACCUCCGACCAUGCCUGGAUGGCAUACCAUGUAGUCACUGGGAAGCAAGGCAAUGGAUUAAGCAAUACCUGAAUAAACGCGGGGGCUGGGCAGACUUAAGUACAAUAUGCACUGCAAGGUCAAGCGUUCCAAGGACAGACAGCUUUCCAUGUAGAUGUAAGGUCACUGAAGUGAUGAGAAGCACAACCUUCCUGAAGGAAUUUCUUGUUAGAGAAAAUGUGGUGUGCUUGAUGACAACCUAUGAAAGCGGUCUCCGGAAGAUGAAACAUCUCCUUGAGGAGAAAGGCCCUCUAACGAUGAAUACAUUACUUAGGAAUCUGAGGCAAAAAGUUACAGAGGGUGAAGAAGUGGCCCUUGGAAGAAACAGAAAAGAACUGAAGACCACAAUCUGCAAUGAGUCUGCCAUUUUUGUCAGGGAGCAGUCAACUGGUUUGAUAGUGCUACGUGGGGUCCAUGCGGUGCUAGAUCCCUCCUGUUGUCAUUCAGGCAUAAUAGGAUGGAUCGAGCAGUAUCUUAAGGAGCAUGCUGGAUGGACUUCCAUUGAUGAUAUGGACAAGGUAAGAUCUGAGCUCCUGACAAGUAAGUAUUCUUGUCAAUGUGCCAUAAGAUCCUUGCUUAUGCUUCCUAAUAUCCGCAAGCAUUUCCAUAUGCAAGGGAAUACUGUCUAUGAAAAGUCAUAUCAUCAGUCUGGUCUCCAGAAAGUGACAGAUGUUCUAGUGAGGAAUGGUCCACAGAAGGUAGAUGAUUUGCUGCAUAUGCUGAAAGAAGCAGAGCAUCUGUCUGAGAGAGAACUAAGGGCUCUCGGAGACAAUAAGAAGGAUUUUGCAGAGACCAUUUCUAAAGAGCCUCAAAUGUUCCAACCGUUAUCACAGUCAGGUAGAGUUCACUUGAAAGCUGGUAGUUUCAAGCCCUGCAGACAUUAUGUCAGGAUUGAAUGGAUUAACAGAUACUUGAAGGAACGUGAUGAGUGGGUUAGUAUUGGAGAGAUCACUGCAGCCAUUUCUAAAAUCCCUACUCAUGAUGGUGAAUGUAGCUGUGACAUUUCUACCAUACUCCUGGAUGACAAGUUACCUUUCCAUGUUCAGGGUAAUCAAGUUAUGUCACAGUCAUUGUUUACGUCGAACUAUGAAAGAGGCAUAAAGAAGAUAAAAGUUUUCUUGCAGAAGAACGGCCCUCAACCAGUAGGCAUACUACUGAACAUGCUCAAACACGAAAAGAUAAUGACAGCAAAUGAAGAGAAAGUGACAGGGCGAAACAAGAAGGAGCUGGCGUAUACCAUUGCCAGAGAGCCCAAGAUCUUCAAGUUUGCAUCACCUCCAGGCAUUGUAAUGUUGAGGAAUACCCAUCAUGAAGGCAGUAACCAAGUCACUAAAGUUGUCGAGUAUCUAGAGAAGUAUCUGAGAACAUCCAAGACUAGUUUUGUAAAGACACUUCUAAAUCAAGUCGUCAGACAUGAGUCUUUGAGUACAGGUUGCAUUUCAGGAAUGCAUUCACUCAGGAAGUUGCUAGCAGCGUAUCCAGAUCGCUUCCUCAUCCAUGGUGAUGGCAGAGUAUCCCUGACAAAGAGUCGUCGAAUGGCUCUUAGCGACCCUGCAAAGUCAUGCGCAACUAAGAGAUAUGGAACCUCUGAGAGUGCAUCCACAUUAUCUACAAAGGAAAUCAGAGUUGGACAGUCUGCUGAGGAGACUGCGCAGAGAAGAGUACAUAGUUCCUUUACUGGAGAUAUCAUCUCCUCCAAGCCAUUGGACAUCAGUGACAAGAACAAUAAUCUUGACUCUAUUACCAGUAACAAACAAAGGGAGAGUUUUCAUGAAGCUUGUAAAAGUGAAUCAUCAAGAGAUCUAGACAGAGGCUUGAGGUUUGUGGAAAAGCUCCUAGAAAGUCAUGGACCUAUGGUCUUACAGGACAUUCACACUUCCAUUGUAGCUUCUCACAAACUUGACAGACCUACAAGAAGGACCCUGGGAAGAACUCCAGAGGAACUGCUCUCAAUUCUCCUGUUUCAGAAGGAUACUUUUCAUGUCAUCCCGCCAAGUGACCUAGUUGUCCUGCACAAGACGACCCAAAUGAGAUUGAAUCCCUGGACAACUGGUCUGAAGAAAGUAGAGGAAUAUUUGACAGAAAGUCGUCAACUAAAUCGGCUUGUGGAUUUCAUCAGGGAAAACCUUACAGCAAAAGAGAGGCAAGUGUUUGGGCAUACAAAGAAGAAGGUAAAACAUACACUUGCCCACUACCAAGACAUAUUUCUGAAUAACAGCGGAACAAUUUCCCUCAGAUCUGCUCAUGGGCAGUCAUCCUCCAAAGGUAAAAGGAAAAUGCGCAAGAAAAGAUCCAGUACACUAGUUAACCAGAGUGAAGGAAUGAAAGAUGGUGAAGAGAUGGAUGAUGAAAACCCAAGCAAAAAGCCCAGAAUGGAGCCCACAUUUCCAACGGCAGCAGGUCCUGUGGUUGUGCAUGUUGUCCAGACAGCUGAAGAAUGGAUCCAGGCGUGUCAUCCUCUCUUUGGGUCUGCCUCAUCCGUGGUUGGCAUAGAUUGUGACAGUAAGUGGUUCGUGAUGAGGCAGUGGGACGGUAAGGUGAUAGCAACUAAGAUUCAGAAGUACGUACCAAUGGCAUCACACCCAUCAACAGAGACAUCUGCGUCAGGUAGUCAGGAACUAGGAGUUGCCAACAGUUUUGGAGAGUCCUCCACCACAUCCCAAGAACCCGUAGAAGAGUGUAGAGCAUCGAGCAAGACUGGAGACAUCUUUCACCAGUUAUUGCUUCUUCUCACAAGUACAACUGUUCUCAAGGUGGUAUUUGAUGUCCAAAGGAUCUGUGCUAUAUUGUGUGAGAAGAUGCCACUCCGCCUUGAUAAUGUUUUCGAUAUCAAGGUGGCGAAUCAGCUCAUUAGCUGCACAUCCCAUUGUAUACCCGACCCUCCAUCAUUCACAGAGCUGUGUGAGAAGUACAGCGUGACCCCAUCAGCGGUGGUCCAUGUGUCCUGUCAGAUUCCUGGAGGAGUAGAUGCCAGUGAUGUGGCAAUAAUUAAGAACAUGGCAGUCAUGACCUGUACCCUCAUACCACAUUUUCUGCACAAGAUGUUCAGAGACAUGAAGGUGGAACUUCUCACGGAGCACAAUUGCAUUGUUGAAGAACUCUGUAAGGCCUGGGGCCCAAGUUUGCAGUCAAGAGGACAACCCACUCAGUUAAGAAGUCCCAAAACAUAUCAUAACAUAUCUUCAGUUCGAGAGCAGGGGAUGUCCAGCCCGCAACUUCCCAACCCUCAUCUUCCUGAUCCUCCUGUUCUUUGUGUAGAAGAUGAUUGCUCUGCUUGGGAAGUAGGUUAUGAUCCAGGGAGAUGUCUUCCAAAGAAUCCGAACACAAUCUCAGUCCAAGGGCAGGGGAUGUCCAGCACGCAACUGCCCAACCCUCAUCUUCCUGAUCCUCCUGUUCUGUGUGUAGAAGAUGAGUGCUCUGCUUGGGAAGCUGGUUAUGAUCCAGGGAGAUGUCUUCCAAAGAAUCCUAAUACAAUCUCAGUCCAAGGGCAGGAGAUGUCUUUGACCAGCACCCAGAUGCCCAACCCUCGUCUUCCUGAUCCUCCUGUUCUGCAAGCUGGAGAGCGCUGUAUUCCGUGGGAUCUGAUUCGCGGUCAGGAAGAUGUUUUCCUGAGGAUGCUUGCACAAAUUCAAGCAAAGAACGCAGGUUGUCUUCCAAAGAAUCCUAACACAAUCUCAGUCCAAGGGCAGGAGAUGUCUUUGACCAGAACCCAGAUGCCCAACCCUCCUCUUCCUCUUCCUCCUAUUCUGCAAGCUGGAGAGCGCUGUAUUCCAUGGGAUCUGAUUCGCGGUCAGGAAGAUGUUUUCCUGAGGAUGCUUGCACAAAUUCAAGCAAAGAACGCAGGUUGUCUAUAACAAGGAUGCAUGCAGAUACCCAACCCUCAGCUCCAAGAACCUUGUGUUCUUCAUGUGGAAGAGCUUUGUAUGGCCUUGGAUUCUGGUAUGGGGGUAUUCCAGUGUCCCCUCACCCAAAGAGCAUCUUUGACUAGCUUGCAGGUGUCCAACCCUGCUCUUUGUGAUCAUUGUCCAUCACAAAAGCAUGGAGGGAGAGCCAUGUUUGCAUUAUUUAAGUGAUACAGAGAAUUUAAGAAUUUUUUUAUACAUUCAGAAUGUUAAAAACAAACAAAAUGUAGGUGCCCAUACUCACGAAAGUGGUAAUAAUAAUAAUAAUAAUAAUAAUAGGU